UGCUGCUGCUUAUCUCAUUGCAAAACUAUCCUAUAUAAAACAGAAAUGAAGACAGACAAUAUUAAGUUCCCACCUUAAAAUUAUAGAUAGCAAAUAUAAAUAUGAUUGGGAUGCUCAAAACUAUAUUGAAAAAUAUUUAUCUGAGACUUUAUUGAUUGCACUUUAUUAAGUGUUACUGUCAUUAGCAUGCUGAUAGAACAGAAGAGUAACCAACUUUCUAAUUUAUAUUACUAUAUUUUCUUUGAGGCAAAGUAUUGUUUCCCUCAUAUCCAGAGUUUGAACUUUAUAACUUUUAAUGUUGCAACAUGUCAUUGCUUCCUGUCUUGUUUCUCUAUUGCAACAAAUUGUGCAAGGGUAAGACUGAAGCAUUUUAGGGGAUUAUAUACUUGCAUUGUAAUUUAACUCUUUUCAUAGGGAUAUUUUUUCUCCAGAGGAAAAUAUACAAAAUGUUGGCUUAAUAUUGUGAAAAUAUGCUUUAGUUUGUUGCUCAGAAAUAGACCCAAAACUGAUGCUAUAAAUUGGGCUGUUUCUAUGUGUAUUUAUAGGCAGUGCUUACUUAUUUUAUAUAUUCUAAUGUGACAUAAUAGUAGAUUCAUUGAAUAGUCACCAUGGAGCUUUAAGAGAUGCUUAGGGAAAUGUAUGUAAUACAACUCACUGCCUGAGUUAUCAAAGUUGAGCAAUGGAGAAAUGAUCUCUUAUAUUUUCUUUUUGUGAUAUAAUUCAACAGGUUGAUAUUUCUUAUACUGACAAUGGGUUGGAUUCUGCACUCUUUGUGGAAAACAGAAAAAAAGUGAUGAUCGUAUCAAGAGCUAAUAGUAUUGGUUCUACCAGUGCCUCUUCAGUACCAAAUACAGACUCUUUUCAUGCCACAGAUGAUGAAGACUCUGAUUACCAACAAGAUAGCCACAAAGAAUCAUACAAGGAUCGCCGUCGCCGUGCUCAUACACAAGCUGAGCAAAAGCGGAGGGAUGCUAUCAAGAAAGGUUAUGAUGAUUUGCAAGCAAUUGUACCCACAUGCCAGCAGCAAGAUUUCUCAAUAGGCUCCCAGAAGCUAAGCAAGGCGAUUGUGCUGCAGAAGA